UUCUCUUUCUCUCUUUUGCAGGCAUGGUUCAGAAACUUGACCAGAAGCUGCCUGUAGCCAACGAGUACCUGCUGCUUUCAGGUGGCGUGCGGGAAGGUGUGGUGGACAUUGAUCUUGAUGAGCUGAAUGUUUAUGCACGAGGCACAGACUAUGACAUGGACUUCACCCUGCUUGUGCCUGCACUGAAGCUGCAUGACCGCAACCAACCAGUCACGCUGGACAUGCGCCACUCAGCUUUGUGCCACUCCUGGCUGAGCCUGCGUCUGUUUGAUGAGGGAACUAUCAGCAAAUGGAAGGACUGCUGCACGAUCGUGGACCAUAUCAAUGGAGCUACCAAUUAUUUCUUCUCUCCAACAAAAGUUGCAGACUGGUUCUAUGACUCCAUUAGCAUUGUCCUCUCUGAGAUCCAGAAAAAGCCUCAGCGAGGGAUGCCAAAGGUGGAGAAGGUAGAAAAGAAUGGGACUAUCAUAUCCAUCAUUUUGGGAGUGGGCAGCAGCCGCAUGCUGUAUGACAUUGUCCCUGUGGUGUCCUUCAAAGGUUGGCCAGCUGUGGCCCAGAGCUGGCUGAUGGAGAACCACUUCUGGGAUGGGAAGAUCACAGAGGAGGAAGUCAUAAGUGGGUUUUACUUAGUGCCUGCAUGUUCCUACAAGGGGAAGAAGGACAAUGAAUGGAGGCUGUCAUUUGCCAGAAGUGAAGUGCAGCUGAAAAAGUGCAUUUCCAGCAGCCUCAUGCAAGCCUAUCAGGCCUGCAAAGCUAUCAUCAUCAAAUUGCUGUCCCGCCCCAAAGCCAUUAGUCCAUAUCACUUGCGGAGCAUGAUGCUGUGGGCUUGCGACAGGCUACCAGCCAACUACUUGGCCCAGGAGGACUACGCAGCCCAUUUCCUCUUGGGUCUCAUUGAUGAUCUCCAGCACUGCUUGGUCAACAAGAUGUGCCCUAACUAUUUCAUCCCCCAGUGCAACAUGCUGGAGCAUCUCUCUGAAGAAACCGUCAUGCUGCAUGCGCGGAAGCUGUCCUCAGUCCGCUCAGACCCUGCCGAACACCUUCGAACUGCCAUCGAACAUGUCAAAGCAGCCAACCGGCUAACACUAGAGCUCCAACGGCGGGGCAGUACCACCAGCAUCCCCUCCCCGCAGUCAGAUGGAGGGGACACCAACCAGCCUGAUGACCGAUUAGCCAAAAAGUUGCAACAGCUAGUGACUGAGAACCCUGGGAAGUCCAUCUCCGUCUUCAUUAACCCCGAUGAUGUCACAAGGCCUCACUUCAGAAUUGAUGAUAAAUUUUUCUGAGCUUUUGUCAAUGUUUCUUGGGAUUUUUUUCUUUUGUUUCAUUUUUAAAAACUCUUGCAGCGUGCUGGUUUUUUCAUUUGGUUUCAUUGAUGACUUAGUCUCUUGUUUUUUACAUAUCCAGCGUAGAUUGGAUCUGUUGAGAACAAUCUGAAUAAAUUAUAACUCCUGGUUCUGCAGGACGGUGCAGAUUUUGAAGCAGUGUAUUAGUAUUUCAUAUGCUGCUUUAAUUUUUUUCACCCAGCCCCAUUGUCUGUGAGUAGUUUCUAAAGGAGAACAUGCACCGUAAACACACAUGCCACAGUGUAAUGUAGAUUUUUUUUCAAGCUUCCAUAAUUUAUGUACAUUGUUGGGCCUGGGGAAGGGAGAACUUACCUUCUGUUGCUUCAGAAAUUCGCUUCUUUUUCCAUGAGCUUCCACCACCCUAAAGAAAUGAGGAGAGACACUGGGUUGGAAAGCACUACCGGUAAUUUGACGAGGCCAAAUCUACUGGGUCAUCUGUUCUUCACACUUCUUACACUAGGGGAGAAAGUUGACUUCAGAUAUGAUGAUGCCGCUUUUGGG